GAAGCUUGGAAGCAACGGUGUGCAGCGUCACUAUCGACAUUUAUAUUUUUAUCAGUUUGGCUUGGGUGACUUUUCCCACACGUGCACCGAAGAGAAAGGCAAUAGGCUUCUUACAUAAUACUGUCAAACCGAUCGAGCCUCCUCUCAGCAUUCAGUAGCUAGCGAGAUGUCUGGUGUGGAUGAGCUCGUGGAUAUGGCGGCUCUCUACUUCUCGGCCGUCAAACCACUCGUGCAGCUCUAUACUAGCUGGGCUCUGGACGAUCUUGCCGCAGAGACCAAGGAUCCACAGAGUAGCGAGCUUUUAAGCAAAAUGGAAGAGGAAUGACCAAUACGUGCCCUUUAUCGGUUCCAGCUCUGUUGUAACUUGUCCGGGGUGGG